CGGGGUUUAAGUCCCCUAAACGAGCUUGUGACGUAUUAACGCCGUUCCAUUCUCCUUCCUGUGCUCCCUCCGUGCGCUGUUCCGGAUGUAAGACCCUCCUCCCUCCUCUCUGCUGAUCCUCUUAUCUCGGAGCAGGCGGCUACGAUGGAUAUUGUAAACCAGCUGGUCGCCACCGGGCAGUUCACCGUCAUCAAACAGCCGUUGGGUUUUAUAAAGAUCCUGCAAUGGGUUUUUUCCAUCUUUGCGUUCGCAACAUGCGGCAGCUACUCCGGCAUGUUCAAGAUGAGCGUGGAGUGUAAAAACAGGACCGAGAGCGACCUGAACAUCGAGGUGGAGUUUGAGUACCCGUUCAGGCUCCACCAAGUCUACUUUGAUGCUCCCACCUGCAAGGGAGGCAAACCAGAGCGCCUCUUCCUCGUAGGUGACUACUCCUCCUCCGCGGAGUUUUUCGUCACCAUCGGCGUGUUCUCCUUCCUCUACUCAAUGGCGGCCCUCGCCGUCUACCUCUUCUUCCUGGAGAGGUACCGCGAGAACAACAAGGGCGCCCAGAUCGACUUUGGCGUGACCUGCGUUUUCACGUUCAUGUGGCUAGUCAGCGCUGCAGCCUGGGCCAAGGGCCUCUCCGACGUGAAGACGGCCACUGACCCGGAACGCAUCAUCUCGCUGAUCUCCGCCUGCAACCACGAGGAGAACCGCUGUCGUGAGGUCCACGACCCUGUCGUGUCUGGAUUGAACACAUCUGUGGCAUUCGGAUUCCUCAACUUGAUCCUGUGGGGCGGCAACCUGUGGUUCGUGUUCAAGGAGACCGGGUGGCUGGCCGCCUUCACGGGGUACCCCCCGCCUUCCCAGGAGAAACAGCCCGCCCCCGAGUCCUUUGCCCAGGGAGGGUACGGUCAGGACUACGGCCAGCAGGACCCUUACGCUGGCACUCAGGGGGGCUACCAGCCCGACUAUGGCCAGCAAGGGAGCGGAUACGAGGGCGGAUACUCCCAGGGGGGGCCCACCUCCUAUUCCAAUCAGAUGUGAGACAAGCGGACGGGCGGUGGCCGAAGGCUGUUUUAAGGUGCAGAGGGGGAGAGAGCAGAAAAUGGGGUGAGCAAAGGGAGGAGCUGCACGAAAAGGCGCGUAAGGAGAUGCGAGCGAUGUUUUCGAAGUGGCGGCAGUGGGGUACGGAGGAGAGCAAAGACACCACGUCACGGGGAGCGCGAGGAUGGUUCCGUCUCGUCUUCAUCGGUUAAUCGAUCAAUUAGCUGUUGUAAAAAAGCAAAAAAAAAAAAAAAAGAAAAAAACUCAUGCGUGCUUGGAGUUACUGUUUCUGUGCAUCACAGAAAACCUGAAAUGCGAAAAGAAAAAGAGCAAAUAAUAAAUUUAAGUAACAAGCGAAAGAUAGUUUAAGUUUCUUGUUCUCGAUUAACAAGCGUAGGGAUAUUUGGUGUUUCCUUAUAUUAUGCUUGUUUUGCUGGCGGUGGCACAUUAUUUGUGUUUUUAAGAUGACGUUAUUUGAACUUUUGAAGGAAUAAUCCAAUUCUGUUUGAUGGAUCUUACUAUUUUGCGUUGACAUCACACUGACAUUCGCAUAGUUAUCACCAGUGCUCUUUGGUGUGUCUUGUACAGGGAUUGUAACUGAUGUAAUCGAGGCAUCACAUACUCACAAUAGUGAUAAAUUUGCGCAUAAAUGCUAUUAUCUUUACGACUGGCCUUUUAUUCACCCGGCAGGAUAGCAGUUAUUGCAUAAAGGCCGUAAUGUUAUAGGCAAAAUCAUGCAUAAUUUUCCUAACGCAGUUCUCCAGAUUUGGAUUUUGUAAAAUGAUCCAAAAUGAGAAAGACCAAAGUUGUGAAUGAACAUGAAAAUAGUUACGCGCAGUUACUAUGGCGACGCUUACGCACUGUAUGUACAGUAAGAAUCGAGAAGAAGAUGCGUAGAAUCACUAGCCGUGACAGUAUAAAACACAUUGUCAUGUUAAGAUUGCGGUGUGCCGUCACGGCGCGGUAUAGAUGCCGGAGUCCAGCCGCAGUCAGGUAUCAUUUUCAAUAUGCAAAUAUUCCAAAUGUCUGAGAAUACUUUAAGAAAAUAUUUUUAUUAUUAUUUUUGGUAUUAACACAUAUAUUACAUCUAUAGCCUUAAGUAAUUCAUAAGGAGCGCUGGGGUAGGCUCCAGACUCUCAGUCUGAAAGGGUUCUUAGCAUUUUACAAUCGAGGUUUUCCCUUAGGGAUAAGAAUCAGGUUGUCCGGGUGCAUCUCUUUCUCUCUUUCUCUCCCUUUGUGUGUGGAUGUACGUGUGCGUGUGUGUGUGUGUGUGUGUGUGUGUAUCCUCUCUCUCUUUCUCUCUCUCUCUCUCUCUUUGUAUCUCUCCCCCUAAUAAGUAUAUGCAUAAUUAGUCUGUUGUUAGUGGUGGAUGAUGUCUUGUGAUUCUCUCAACGCCUUUGGGUAGUGAUGUGUUUAUUGCGUACCAUGUAUUCGUAGUAUUAAUGAUGAUUAAAACCAUGUCAGACCCCCCCCCCCCAGAAUUCUGUUGUGUUCUUACUCUAUGGAAUUCAUGUGCAACUAAAUUCAAUAAACUUGAAAUAAUUAA